GGACUUGUUUUACUUACUGUCCAUUCCCCCUUUGACUCUAGAGCCUGAUGACCACCUAACUGUAGCCCAGUCACUAAAGAAGGAAUUUGACAACCCUGAAACUGCAGACCUGAAGUUCCUAGUGGAUGGAAAAUACAUUCAUGUUCAUAAAGUCCUUCUCAAAAUCAGGUGUGAACAUUUUCGUUCCAUCCUGAAUAAAGAUGAUGAGAUUAUAGAGAUGAGUGAAUUUUCUUACCCUGUGUACCGAGCCUUCCUGGAGUACCUGUACACAGACAGCAUCAGGCUCCCUCCUGAAGAGGCAAUAGGGCUGCUGGACCUGGCAACACUGUACAGAGAAAACAGGCUGAAAAAGCUCUGCCAGCAAACCAUCAAACAAGGCAUCUGUGAGGAGAAUGCCAUUGCUCUCCUCUCUGCUGCUGUCAAGUAUGAAGCCCAGGACCUGGAAGAAUUUUGCUUCAGAUUUUGCAUCAACCAUUUAACUGUCGUUACACAAACUCAAGGCUUUGCAGAAAUGGACCACGACCUCCUGAAGAACUUCAUUAGCAAAGCAAGCAGAGUGGGAGCGUUCCGAAACUGA